AUGAGCCAAGUUGCAGAUGAAGUGAAAACGUUCCUCGCCGGAUCUCAAGAAACCUUAAAUCUACCACCAAUGGAUAAACGAACAAGAAAAAUGGUCCACGAGUUGGCAAACAAAUUCGACAUCAAAUCCAAGUCAAUUGGGGCUGGUGAGCAGCGUAGGCCGGUCUUAUAUCGAACGAAGAGAACAACGUAUAAGGAAGCCGCUUUCGAGCAGGCCGUCAUGCGACUCAAACGACAAUAUUCACGGUCUUCUCAGCCGUCUAAACAAGGUCAAAAUCGACAGAAAGCGUCAGGCCGAGGUGACGCCGGAACUAGCUACCGGGACGGUGAGGUCAUCGGUGCGUCUGCGCCAGAACUGGGGAGCGAAAAUCGAGGUCGAACUAUGCUUGAGAAAAUGGGUUGGAGUACCGGAACACCUUUGGGCGCUAGUGAUAAUCAAGGUAUACUGCAGCCUGUGAGUCAAACGAUGAAACGAACCCGAGCGGGUCUCGGACAGGAGUAG